AUGGCUAGGAGAAUGCGUGAAGACUUGUAUGCAUCUAUGCUUCGUAGAGACGUCGGGUUUUUUGACAAACAUUCUUCUGGGAAACUGUCCUCAGUGAUCUCUACUGAUACAGCAGUGGCAGCCGGAAUAAUAGAUCACCUCUGCCAAAUGGUUCGGGCUUCCGCCAGUUUCGUCGUCGGAACAUACUUCUCGCUGAAAUUAGCUCCAGUGUCUUUAAUGGUGCAAACCAUGCUGCCAAUUAUAGCACUUAUGUUAAUGAUUCUGCCACUUUCGAGGUGUGUUCAGAGGCAGACUGCUAUACAAAUGCGGCGCCUCGCAACCUUGAUAUCGCAUACAGAGGAAAAAAUUUCACAUAUGAAAACAGUGAAAGCUUUCAAUGCAGAGCCGAUCGAGCAAACGGCAUUCGCAGAGAAGAUGCGCAACCUUUUCAAUGCCUCCGUCAAAGUUGCAUUCUAUAAUGCGAGCAUGAAUUUUGUUGCGGUUGGUGCAGUGGGAUCGUUGAUAAUUCUCACGGUUAACAAAAGCGCUUCGCUUAUAUUGGAUGGCACCAUGCAAAUCGGUGAUGUCACGUCGUUGCUUAUGUACACUGCACUGGUCGGCGGUUCUUUACAAAGCUGCACUUCUAGCAUCGCUGAAAUCCGCAAGUGCAUAGGAGCAGGUGUGACGUUGGCUUCUCAUAUGGAUGGGGAAGAUGUUCCAUCGAAGUCGAAGUAUCCCCUCAGUUCGAUAUCUCCGGAAAUUGAAUUCAAGAACGUAUCUUUCUCAUAUCCGUCGAGGCCGGACUCUGCAAUCCUACGUGAAAUUUCAUUCGUGUUACCAUCUGGUAAAACAAUGGUUGUUUUGGGGGAAAGCGGUUGCGGGAAGAGCUCGAUAAUCCAAGUCUUGCUUGGCUUAUAUGCACCGAAUGCCGGUAGCAUAUGUGUAAAUGGCGUGCCUCUUAGCGACAUUGACAUCAAGGAAUUCAGAUCGCUGUGUGGAUGGGUCGAACAACAGGGGGCGCUUUUCAACGAAACCAUCAGAAACAAUGUUUUGUACGGGAAUGAUCGUGAAGAGGUGGAUCUAGAAGACUCAUACAAUCGGUCUGGCCUCAUGGAGGUCGUGAACUCUAUGCCAGACGGUGACAAAACCGUAGUGGGGCAGAUGGGGAAGGGUCUGAGCGGAGGACAACGACAGAGAGUUUCCAUAGCAAGGAUAUUCGCACGCCAUCCCAAACUUGUACUUCUCGAUGAGGUGACAUCAGCCUUGGAUGUCGAAUCGGAGCAGCAACUAAACCGAAGCCUUGCAAAAGUAAGAUAUAUGAAAUGA